AUGGCUUUUCUGGAGUACAUCACGUUUGGGAAUAUCUUUCUUUUUCUCGUUUUUUUGCUGAUCCUCAAUCUGUUGAUUGAACUGUAUCAGUUUAGAAAUAUGCCACCUGGGCCUCGUUUCACAAGCUUACCUUUCAUCGGAAAUAUACUGAGCUUUGAUCGGGGAGCCGCGGGGCAGAGCUUUAUCGCUUCUACCGCAAGGUUUGUUGACUUGUAACUAGAGCAUAGCUUUAUUUUGCACAUUUUUAUAUGGGUUAGAGUUAGGGUUGAAACAUCAGAGGUAAGGAUCUCAGAUACAUAACAACUAAAUCGGUUUAGAUCCUAUUUUUUUUUUCCAGGGAACAUGCAACAUCACUACAAUUAUUUAACUAAUUUUUUUGCCCUCGGUAUAGGGGUAAUCAACAUUUAUUAUAUUUAUGGCUGUUGUAGAACAUAUUUUUUACUUUAGUUGCUGGAAGAAAUUUCUUUUAGCUUAGCAAGUUUUUCAGGAAAACAUUUCUUUCGUAAGGUAAAUGGAAUCUAGCGUUUUUCUUCUGAUGAGAAAAACAUCUGACGAAAUAUUUUAAAAAUAGGGAUUGCAACAAUAUAAACAACAAAGUAAGCGAUUAUGCGUGUACUCACAUGACAAAAUCACGCGAUCCAUUGACAAUGGAGCGCUUAGUUUGCAAAAACAUAGUGCAGCUGAAAUUUUGCUAUCAUACCUUAGACACCCAAAAUCUCUCCCAUAUCUCAGACUAUGACAAUAAACCAAAAACUCUAAUUCUGUAUUUUGUUUCCAUAAAAAUUCCCAUCACUGAUACACUAUUCCUGACCCCUCUGGUUUCUAUGACGCUGCUUAAAAAUCCUACCCUCCCUGUGCAGCAGUACAUUUCUAUAAAGGCCAUAAUAUAUGGGAUCCCUGUGCCAUUACCCUUUGCCCAAUGCCCCCCCACCCACCCUCCCCAGUUAUUAACUGUCCAGGUGUGGAAUUUGUCAUCAAACUCAAUGGUCAUUUUGAUCUAGUGGAUAAAGUUUUGCUGUAAUGGCCCCAAACAAAUUAUAUUGCAAUAAUCAAAGUGCACCUGGAUAUAUAUAUAUAUGUGCACUGUACAUGUACCAUUUUUUGUUUCUACUUGGUUGCAGCUUAGGAGUGACUGAUGACUUGUUGCAUGUAGGCUACAGUAAACUUUGUAAAGCCAUCGGUUAAAAACUAACAUUUUUCACUCCCUUCUUGUUUAAAAGCUUGAGGAAAAAGUAUGGAACUCUUUAUUCUUUGAAACUUGGUGCCUACAAAUUUGUCGUGGCUGAAGAUGCUGACUCGGUGAAGGAGGUUCUGGUAAAGAAAUCUGCAGAUUAUGCAGGAAGACCUCCAUUUUAUAGCUUUGUGUCUACUACACUUGGUAUGUAUAUUGAUCUGUCAAUCUUCAUUUUACAGCCCAACACAGACACCUGGCUGAGUCAAAUAUAAAUCACAUGCUCAUGGGCGGUUUUUGGGGUUGGCCUAGGGGACCACGGCCACCCUUUUUUCUGUGAAAUUUUGUAUUGUUAUUUAAAGAAUUCUCGGUCAAAAUUAAAAGUAUGUAUAAAAAUGCCACGUGUCCUGGCCGCCCCUUUCUGAAUUUUGUGAAUCAGCCGCUGCACACAUAGUGCCUCCUAUCACAACAUUUAUCUGAUAAUAAAAUAUGAAAUUAACAAGUAUCAUGUUUUGCAAUUACGUGUACAUACAUAACCUUUUUGAUGAAAAGGAAAUAGGAACUGUGGGUUUUAGGAAGUUUCGAUCUGAUCCUGAUAUCUCUGAAGCAUUUCUGGUGACUUGUCAGGUCUGUCUUGCUCUUGUGCGCUUUCUCUUUUUCCCAUUACAGUCGUGACAGGGGUUUGAGUUUUUUCGCACAGAGUAAUCAAGUCUCGGCAAGUCUUGAUUUUUACCAUUAAAUUGCCAACCCUACUCUACAACAUAAAACUCCCUAAAAAUUACUGAGUUUGUUAGCCUGCAGGUGCUUUUUUAUUCACAUUUUUCAGGCAAGUAACAUGAAGUAAGCACAAAGCGGGCGUGGAGUGCAAGACGCGCGAAUUUUUCCGUGCCUACCUCCGUCGCGCAUGUCUCGCGCUCCUCACUCGCUUCGCACUUGCCCUCGCUCGCCUAAAAAACGCGAAAAAAUAACGCCCUUAUUUCAGGCUAUUAUUUCACCUGGACGAUCAAACUCAAGCUAGUUUUAGUUUGUUUAUGUUAUUAAUUCUGGUUAUGGUGUCUUUUGUAGGCAGUGCAGUUGUAUUCUGACUUUUUUUUGACUGAUUGAUAUAUUCUUCUUCCUAAUGUAAGGUGGGAAAGACAUUGGAUUGGGGAAUUUUGGUCCUGCAUGGAAAUUCCAUCGCAAACUGUUCAUGACUGCUGUGCGACAAUAUCUAUCCAACCAGGAACUUGUGGAGGAAAGGAUCUCUGAACAAGCCUCAAACCUGCUGAAGUAUUUUGAAGAACAAAAAGGAAAAGAUUUUGAUCCUGCAGAGAUUCUCAUGAAAAGUGUUGCAAAUGUUAUCUGUCGCAUCUCAUUUGGAGAGCACUUUGAUUCAUCCAGUCCAGAUUUUGAUGAGCUCUUGCGCUUGAAUAAUGAGAGCUUCACAGACACUAAGAUGAGUGAAGAUGCCUUCAUCUUAGAUCUUUUUCCAUUGGCGAAGUACUUUCCUUUUGAAAGUUACCAAAAGGAAAUUAAAAUGGCUAACCGAAUGUUUGAAAUCAUUGGCAAGCAGCUGAAGUUACAACGUGAGCGGUUUGAUUCCUCAGCAGAGGUCAAGAGCCUCACAGAAAGUCUUAUAAAAGAGAGAAUCACUGCAGAAGGUGAAGUUGGAUCCGAAGAUAAAGUGAGUAUUCUAUCAGAUGACUACAUUGUCAACACAUUAGAAGACAUGUUCAGUGCUGGGUACGAAACCACAAGUACCACACUACGCUGGGCCAUCGCAUUCCUGAUACACAAUCCUGAGUUUCAGACCGAGAUACAGGAUAAGUUGGAUGAAGUAGUUGGCAGGGAUCGAAUGCCUACAUUGGAUGAUCGCCCAAAGCUUCCACUUAUCCAAGCCACGAUCAUGGAAACACUGCGCCUUGGAAACGUUGCCGAGACAGCUAUUCCUCAUUAUACUCUGAAGGACACCACACUUGGUGACUAUCGAGUUCCAAAGGACACAGUGGUGAUGGUUAAUCUGCAAUACGUUCAUCUUGAUCCAAAAUGUUGGGAAAAUCCCAACUGUUUCAAUCCUCAUCGUCACAUUGAUGCCGAUGGGCAGCUCAUUACUAACUCUGGCAACUUCCUGCCUUUCUCCGCUGGACGUCGGGUUUGUGCUGGCGAGGCACUGGCAAAGGUAAGAAAAUUUAUUUUAUUUGCUCAGGGAUGUAUAGAAUUUACAAAGUACGUCUUUGCUUAGGCUCUCAGCUAAGCUGUAAAAGCUUUUACCACACCCUUUUCUUUUAGUUCCCACACCCUUUCUUUCAGUCUCGUACCCAGGCCAGUUCGCGUUAUCCAGGUGACUAGAGGAAGCUUGGAACCGAGCGCGAAUUUCCUAACAUGCUUCACAGGUGACAUUACAUCCAAAAUCGUUGAGGACGACUGGGAUUGAGGCUUCCUUUUUUUUUUUACUUUAUUCAUUCUAUUCGAGUUGAAAGAAAAAAAAGAGUUAGAGUAAGCCUUGAAAAUCUCCGUCCUUUCCAGACACUUCUCAAACUCAUUAAUAAUUCAUUAAGAAAAUACAAAGGAAAUUAAUGUUUAAUGAGUGUUUGGAAAUCAGAUGAAACACUGCUUAGUAUUUGCAUCCUUAAUUUCUCCUUCAAAAAUGAUUUUGUUUGAAUCAAACAUUCGACACAGUGUUUCAUCACCAGAUGAAACACCUCGAAGUUCGUCAAAAAUACUCCGCUGCGCGUCGUAUUUUCAACUCUCUUCUCGGUGUUUCAUCUGGUGAUGAAACACUGCAUCUCAUGCUCGAUAUAUUACUUACCAUAUAAAUCAGAAUCUCACGGCAAAAUCUGGUUUUGGUGAUAUGCCAAACAGCCCUGAUCUUAUGUUGAUACUGUUUUCUAGGUGGAGCUGUUUCUGUUUUUGUCCUGGAUGCUGCAUAAGUUCACAUUUUUGCAGUCAGAUGAAGGAAGUCCUCCUGAUCUUGAAGGAGUUUCUGGUUUUACUCGAUUCCCAGCUCCAUACAAGAUGCGAGUUCUAAAACGCGAUUAGAUACUUGUAAAAAGUUGCAUAAAAGAACUCAGCUUCAUUAAUUUGAUUGACGGUAGAAGUAGAAAAAUUUGAACGAGAUAGUGAACUAAGGGCCUCGUCCAUAUGUCUUAGUUUUUGUUUUAAAAUGAAGAAUUUUUCCUCCGUUUUCAAAUAAAUCCGCGUCCACACGUUUCGUUUAUUAAUCGUUUUUGUACGUCAACACGAAAACUCAACAGUGACUGAAAACGUACCAUCUCUGAUGGGAGCAUGCUCAUUUUCUGGUAUCUGAGCCUAAUCCGUCUUAUCUCGUGCACGGGAUAGGCUGGAUCCAACAAAGUGACGUAAUCGUCUUCAAAACCUCAGUUUUCAUCCAUACGCACGAAUACAGCACAACGGCGUUUUCAAAAAUCCCCGCUCCGGAGAGCUUUUUUUGAGAAGAUGCGUGUAUUCGGAGACGGUUUCCACCGGUUAAUAGUGUGGGCGACAACCCAAACCGGCAAAAAACUCUCCGUUUUCAAAUAAAAAAGGAUAU